GCCGCCGCCUCGGCGCUUUCGGUUUUGGCUGGGAUCAUCCGUGGCGGCCAGGCUCCUGGGGCGCCUGGAGUGAGGGUUCUGGAUCCCGCCCGCUAGGUGAGCCGCACAGCUGCACGGGUCGACGACGGGGCCGGGCGCAGCCCCAGGUUCGGUGCCCCAGUGUUCAGUCGCGCUGUGGAGUGGCGGCUGCAGCGGCCCUAGGCUGGGCGAGGCAGCCCCGGAAAGGGCCUGCGGGGAACGGGCUGGGGCUCCGGGAAGGGGCCGCUGGGUGGCGGGUCCCCGCGAAAUGCCGCGUCCAAGCUCUCCGCGCACGGAAUGGCCGGGAUAGGUCUGAUGGUGGGCGCCGGGACCUCCCUCAGCGAGGCGCCUAGACUGCGCGGAGAGGAGCGGCACCGUCCCGGCUCCCACCGAGUUGGCGUCCGAGACCAAUUCAGGUUGUUGAAGUUCCCCAGGGAGCCCCGACGCUAAUCCCAGGAUCCGGGCGCACCCAGGCCUAGGCUUCGCCAGUCUUCCAGGGCUUCAGGGAAUCGCGAACCCUCCCCUACAUCGGGGUGGCUGCGCCUGACCACAGGAGUUAAGGGCUGGACUCGCCUGUCUUACCGAGUUGUCAGGUCGAGGAACCGGUUGUAUGGUCUUAAGUCCUAUCGCCCGAGGUUUUCUGUGCGUACGCGUGUCCGCACACCUGCAUAGCAGGCAUUUUUAAAGAUUAUUAAAAUGAGUCUUCGGAAGCAAACCCCUAGUGACUUCUUAAAGCAAAUCAUUGGACGACCAGUUGUGGUAAAAUUAAAUUCUGGAGUGGAUUAUCGAGGGGUCCUGGCUUGCUUGGAUGGCUACAUGAAUAUAGCCCUGGAGCAGACAGAAGAAUAUGUAAAUGGACAACUGAAGAAUAAGUAUGGGGAUGCAUUUAUCCGAGGAAACAAUGUGUUGUACAUCAGUACACAGAAGAGACGGAUGUGAAGACACCAAGAGAGCAAUGUUUUUCAUAGUUGGAUAUAUUUUUAAUGAAUUUUUUCUAAUUUUUGCUUCUUUUGUGAUACAAUUUGUCCUGUUUUUAUAAUAGUUGGUGAUUUUUCACUGACAUGUGAGUAAGAUAAAUGUAUACAAUUGUGGAUUUAAUUGUGAAAUGUUCUUUCACAUUUAAGUUUCAGUCGUUUUCUUUUACCUCGUUGUCAGUGUACAGAAUGCUAAAAUAAUAAAAAAAAGACAAAAUACACCUCUUCCUACAAGAUAAUUUAACUUCAGUUUUGAGGAGUGUCAUUUCAUUUGACUUGCUUUUCUUGUCCAGCUAAAAUGAUGCAUAUAUUUUGUAUAUUGUAUGGGCAUAUAAUUAAAACAUUUUAGAGG